AAAUCAAAUCCAAACAUGUUCUCAUUUCGACUCCUUCCCAAGUUUAAAGUUAAAGUACAAACAAUCGUUUUACCGAAUUCUAUCUUUUCUAUCCCUGUUCGCAAAAUUCCCCGCAGGCUUACAAACGAGCGACGAGAGCAGGCUCGUAAGGAUCUCAAGGGACUGGAAGAUACCGUCGCCAAGGAGCUACACACGCUGCAUGCCCUGCGGAAGCUCUUUGUACAGGAUCUGCAGUCCCGCAUCAAGAAGUCCAUCAACUCGGAGGAAACCGAGGAUGACGGUGGCUCGCUCGCCCAGAAGCAGAAGAUCUCCUUCCUCGAGAACAACCUGGAACAGCUGACCAAGGUGCACAAGCAGCUGGUGCGGGACAAUGCGGACCUGCGCUGCGAGCUGCCGAAGCUGGAGAAGCGGCUGCGGACGACGAUGGAGCGGGUGAAGGCGUUGGAGACGGCCCUGAAGGAGGCCAAGGAGGGUGCAAUGCGGGACCGCAAGCGCUACCAGUACGAGGUGGACCGCAUCAAGGAAGCCGUGCGCCAGAAGAAUCUGGCCCGGCGGGGACCGCAGGCGCAAAUCGCAAAACCGAUUCGUGCCGGACAGGGACACAUCAUGUUCAAGACGGUUACCUCCGGCGGUUCACCGGUGACACCGAAAGCGGUGACGGACGAGAAGAGGAAAUCCAUUGUGAAAGAAUCCGACAGUUGAAUCGACUAAGCGCAACACCAGCAUGCGCGGCUUAGCAAACGAACGCAAUUCUCAAAGAGAAAACAAGAAACUGCUACCGUUUAAGCGCUAAAUUUUCCACGCUGCAAUUAUUAAUAUAAAUUCUACAUAUGGAUAUGUAGCUACAACUACUACUACUACUAAAAUUACGGCAACACAGCUAGUGACGUGAACCUUCUCCCGCCCUUUACAAUGCUAGGUGUAAAAGACGGUGGUGGAGGAGGCGAAAGGAAGACGAUGAGGUACUAUUCUCUUAUUUCAGCGAAGCAAAAUUGUGCAUCAAAAAUUUUACCACUAUAGAGGCAACAAAAAUUUAUUAGGAUAACCAAUGAUGAACAUCAAAACUAUUUUUUUGUCCUAGAUGUUAAGCACCAAAUAUUGUAACGAAUAAAAUCCAAUUUAGAAAGAAUGACUCAACCAGACUUCAGAGAGUUUUGACUUGAACGAAACAAAAAAACAAAGAAUUUGGAAACUUAGCAGACACGAUACGUGGUGCGUUUCAUGGUUAAAAACAAUAGAUGAUUACAAACAAACAAAAUUUCUAAACUAACGCAGCAUGAGAAAUUUGGUGAAACAGCUCUAAUAUUACAAAGCGAAGCCAGCAAAAACACACAAAGCUAACAAAGCUGACGGGCAAUGUUUAAUCUCUUAACCUAACCGCUUAGAGGUCAGGCCGCUUUAAGGACCAGCUUGACAGUUUUUGUGCUAAAACGCUAUAAGCCAGCACCCGCAACAACAAUAACAAAAUAUGCUAUUUAUUAAAUUAUUGCUUAUUUUAAAUAAACAACAAAAACAUGAGAACGAAUAAAAAUUCUACCAAGAUUGAUAUAAAAACAAAACGACAAUGACUACAUAAUAUAGGAAGCAUCCACCAACGCACUCUCAUAUUCAGUAGACUACACAGCUCAGCGCAGUAGAUCGUCGGUCGCUCGAAUAGCAGCAAUUAUCAGCGAACAGGAAUUAUUCCUCUUUCGUUGCACGUUUUCGUUCCAUAUUCGAUUUGGGCUUGAAAUACUAGAAUAAGAGAUCAGUGAGUAUGCAGUAUUUGAUUAUUAUCCAAAUUAAAAAAAAAUGUAGAUCACUAGCCUUAUGCUAGUAUUUCAUGUUCGUACGUAUUUAGUUGGGGUUUGGGGAAAGCGAGUGAUUUUUUAUUAGUUGAAAUUUAUGUUUGCACGUGUAAUAAUCAUUUCAAGAUUCCGUUCCUUUAUAUAGAUAAAAUUAGAGAAGGAGAGUGAUCGGGAAGUCCAGAACACAGUCGGUUUAGGAGAAUAAAACCGUUUUCCCAAAGUUAUUUUAGGCAUCAGAAAAUUCAUCAUAAAUCGCUAUCCACGCUUUAUACACAUAAAUUAUAUAUUUUAUUCUUUUUUUGGUUUUGCAUCGCUAAUACAUGGAAGCAGUAGAUUAUUUUGGGUGGAAUACAAGACCGUACGCAAAAUUUGAAAUUAUAACAGAGCAGAUUGGACAUUUUUCGCGUCGUCAUCGUUGCAAUACUGUAUGGCUAAUAACAAUUCAGGAUUGAAAAAGAGUCAAGAGUCCUCUUUCUAUGGAGGUAGUGUUGCUGUGUUUCUUUGUGAUUAAAAAAAAAUAUGAUCAGAUACAGAACUCCUACCCGAGCGGAGUAGGCUUUUGAUGAUUUGAUCUGUAGGAUCUGCCGCGGAAACAUCUAAUAUAAAAAAAACGGAGAAAAAUAUAGAACAAACGCUGAAACAAAAAAAAACAAGAAAAAAAUAUUGUGCACCUGCUUGAA